GCCAUCCUUUCGAAGAUUGGCGGGGCUCCGGAGAUUGAGAAGUUCAACGGCCUUUUGCAGCAGCUUCUGCUCGGAUCGAAGGGGCUCCUGGCCGGAUGGCUCGACGGACAAAGGAUGCUCCAAGAGGUGGGGGCCAUCGCCGCCCGGGCGCGCAGCCGGUGCCAAGCACAGGAGAGCAGCCAGAACUCGGGUGAUGGCGGAUGUGUCAACGCCGAUGUGAUCGGAAGUAGUUCCAGUGAUACGUUCUCCGUUUGA